CUUAUUCUUCCCGAAGCGUCCUUUUCUUUCAACUGGCUAGAAUUAGUUAGAUAAAAGCUAGGGUUUCUGCAUAUACAUCCUUUCUUGCUUUUGCUUGCUGAAGGGAGGAGGAUCCGAGAUGGAGAACUACUUGAACGAGAACUUUGGCGAUGUGAAGCCCAAGAACUCGUCGGAGGAGGCGCUUCAGAGAUGGAGGAAGCUCUGCUGGCUUGUGAAGAAUCCUAAACGGAGGUUCCGAUUCACUGCUAAUCUCUCCAAGCGCUUCGAGGCUGAGGCCAUCCGUCGCUCCAAUCAGGAGAAGUUCAGAGUUGCAGUUUUGGUUUCACAAGCUGCUCUUCAAUUUAUCAAUGGUCUAACUUUGUCCAGUGAAUACACUGUGCCAGAGGAAGUAAAAACUGCAGGCUUCAAAAUAUGUGCUGAUGAAUUGGCAUCCAUUGCCGAAGGCCGCGAUGUGAAAAAACUAAAACUACAUGGUGAGGUUGAGGGUAUUGCAAACAAGCUUGCAACUUCAGUCAACAUUGGCAUUCCAACUUCUGAGCAAUUGCUGAAUCAAAGAAAAGAGAUUUAUGGAAUUAAUAAAUUUAAUGAAAGCCCACCACGAGGUUUUUGGAUCUUUGUGUGGGAAGCCCUUCAAGAUACAACCCUUUUGAUUCUUGUUGUUUGUGCUUUUGUCUCUCUUCUUGUUGGCAUAAUUAUGGAAGGAUGGCCGAGGGGUGCCCAUGAUGGCCUUGGAAUUGUUGCCAGCAUUUUGCUUGUUGUACUUGUCACCGCCACAAGUGAUUAUAAACAAUCCCUGCAGUUCAAGGAUUUGGACAGGGAGAAGAAAAAAAUCGCAGUUCAGGUUACCAGAAAUGGAUUAAGACAAAAGAUAUCAAUAUAUGAUCUUCUUCCCGGUGAUAUUGUUCAUCUUGCCAUUGGAGAUCUGGUCCCGGCAGAUGGACUUUUUGUUUCUGGGUUCUCAGUGUUAAUAAAUGAAUCCAGUUUAACAGGAGAGAGUGAACCAGUUAAUGUCCAUUCUGGUAAUCCUUUUCUCAUGUCAGGAACUAAAGUUCAGGAUGGAUCAUGCAAGAUGCUCGUGACUACUGUUGGAAUGAGAACUCAGUGGGGUAAACUGAUGGCUACUCUCUGUGAAGGAGGAGAUGAUGAGACCCCAUUGCAGGUCAAACUUAAUGGUGUAGCAACCAUUAUUGGUAAAAUAGGCCUAUUUUUUGCUGUUGUUACGUUUUCUGUUAUGAUGCAAGACCUGAUCAGCCACAAGCUGCAAGAAGGGUCCCACUGGAUCUGGUCUGGAGAUGAUGCAAUGAAAAUUUUGGAAUCCUUUGCAAUUGCUGUUACAAUCGUGGUGGUUGCUGUUCCUGAAGGACUGCCUUUGGCUGUGACGCUAAGUCUUGCUUUUGCCAUGAAGAAAAUGAUGAAAGAUAAGGCACUUGUCCGUCAUUUAGCUGCUUGCGAGACAAUGGGAUCUGCUACAUGUAUCUGUAGUGACAAGACUGGGACUCUAACUACUAACCAUAUGACUGUUGUGAAAGCUUGUAUUUGUGGGAAAAUCAAGGAAGUAGGGCGCUCUAAGGAGACUUUUAGUUUUGGCUCUGAAAUUCCUGGUUCUGCUUUGAGUAUUCUACUUCAAUCAAUAUUUAACAACACUGGAGGAGAAAUUGUUAAAAAUGAAAACGAAAAAAUUGAGAUACUGGGAACGCCAACUGACACUGCUCUUUUGGAAUUUGGGCUAUUGCUUGGUGGGGAUUUUCAAUCAGAACGUCACACAUUGAACAUUGUGAAAGUUGAGCCUUUCAAUUCUGUUAAGAAGCGAAUGGGAGUAGUACUAGAACUCCCAAAUGGUGGUUUCCGGGUGCACUGUAAAGGCGCUUCUGAGAUAAUUCUAGCCGCAUGUGACAAAGUCAUAGACUCGAAUGGUGAAGUUGUUCCACUUAAUGAGGCAUCCAUUAAUCAUUUAAAGGAUACAAUUGAGCGAUUUGCUAGUGAAGCUCUUCGAACUCUAUGCCUUGCUUAUAUGGAAAUUGGAAAUGAAAUUUCUGUUGAAAGUCCUAUACCAAUAAAAGGGUACACAUGCAUAGGAAUUGUUGGAAUUAAAGAUCCAGUUCGCCCAGGUGUCAGAGAGUCUGUUGCAAUUUGUAGAUCAGCUGGUAUAAUUGUUCGGAUGGUUACCGGAGACAACAUACACACUGCAAAGGCAAUUGCUCGAGAAUGUGGAAUUUUAACCAGUGAGGGUAUAGCAAUUGAAGGCCCAGAAUUCCGUGAGAAAAGUGAAGAGGAAUUGCACGAGAUUAUUCCAAAACUUCAGGUCAUGGCUCGAUCUUCACCACUUGAUAAGCAUACCCUUGUAAAACACUUACGAACAACUUUUGAAGAAGUUGUUGCAGUGACUGGUGAUGGUACCAAUGAUGCCCCAGCUCUCCAUGAAGCAGAUAUUGGACUAGCAAUGGGCAUUGCUGGAACUGAGGUGGCUAAAGAGAGUGCUGAUGUCAUCAUCUUGGAUGACAACUUCUCCACAAUUGUUACUGUGGCAAAAUGGGGACGUUCUGUGUACAUAAACAUUCAAAAAUUUGUUCAGUUUCAGCUAACAGUUAAUGUUGUUGCCCUAAUUGUCAACUUUUCUUCUGCCUGUUUGACCGGAAACACUCCCCUGACGGCUGUGCAGCUUCUAUGGGUCAACAUGAUCAUGGACACCCUUGGAGCACUUGCAUUAGCCACAGAGCCCCCAAAUGAUGACUUGAUGAAAAGAGCACCAGUUGGCAGGAAAGGAAACUUUAUCAGUAAUGUGAUGUGGAGGAAUAUCUUAGGGCAGUCUCUGUAUCAGUUUGUCAUAAUUUGGUUUCUUCAGACCAGAGGAAAAGCAGCUUUUAAUCUUGAUGGCCCAUAUUCAGAUUUAGUAUUGAAUACGAUCAUUUUCAACUCGUUCGUCUUUUGUCAGGUUUUCAAUGAGAUCAGCUCUAGGGAGAUGGAAAAAGUAAACGUCUUCAAAGGUAUAAUGGAGAACUAUGUCUUUGUGGCUGUGCUUACUUUCACUGUCAUCUUUCAAAUCAUCAUCAUCGAGUUCCUCGGUGCAUUUGCGAACACAACUCCUCUCAGCCUGUGGCAGUGGUUCAUUAGUGUUUUCCUCGGAUUCCUUGGGAUGCCAAUAGCGGCCGCCCUAAAGAUGAUUCCUGUGGGAUCAAAUUGAGAUCAGCAAACUGGAUACAUAAUUUGGUUACUACACCAUUAUACAUCUUUGGUAUAAUUCAAAACUGAUCUGGGUUUUCGAACUGUGAAAUUUGAAAGGCAUAGGAAAAAUUACAACAAACCCACGACUCAAGAUGGCCGUUUCAACAUUUUGGGGGAGAGUUUCUAUUACACGUUAGACUUCUUAACCUCCGAAUUUUGUGAUAUAACUCAAAGCAUUUGCCCGAUCAUGAUGCAGUUGUAUUACAAUGUCAUCAGCAAUUAUAUUGACGAUUCAUCUCUUAUAAUCUUGGCUGACAGAUGAUAGCCCAUGUUUUGCACUAAAUGGAUGCUAUUUAUUUCAAGUGAAAUGGAGAUGAUCUCAUUCCCUAUC